AGACGAAAAGAAGAAGGAAAAGAAAGCAUCAUCAGACCGACGAAGGCAGCAGUGAAAAGUGAUCGAGUCAUAAUAAAAUGGGUUAUUUAGUUAAUUAUUGAAGGACUUUCAGCUUCAAUUUACGACAAAUUGUGAAUAUUUCAUUGAGAUUAAGAACCCUGUACCACCAUGGAGAGACGUAUCAAGCUCAAAACGCUGAACAUGCAUAUUACUUGCGAAAUUUGCAAAGGCUAUUUCAUCGAUGCAACAACUGUUACUGAAUGUCUUCAUACGUUUUGCAAAAGCUGCCUAGUAAAACACUUGGAAGAGAAUAACACUUGUCCAACCUGCCAAAAUGUCAUCCAUCAAUCACAUCCGCUGCAGUAUAUUAGUUUUGACCGCACAAUGCAAGAUAUUGUCUAUAAGCUGGUACCAAACUUGAUGGAAGAUGAAAUGCGACGGGAACGGGAGUUUUACAAAUCGCGCAACCUGCAAUGCCCGAAGGAUAUGCCCCAACAGCAGCAGGACAGCGAUGACAAGGCCAACGAACAGGCACACCAGGAAGCCGAUUACCAUCGUCAGGACGAGCAGGUCAACGUGUGCCUUGACUGUAUUAGCAAUAAUCUGCGGCAUCUCAAACGGCGCUUCAUUCGCUGUAGUUCUCAAGCUACCAUCACUCAUCUGAAGAAGUUCUUGGCGAAGAAGGUGCUCAACGGUAUCGAAAGAUACAAGGAUAUCGAUAUAUUGUGCAAUGAUGAACUGCUGGGCAAAGACCACACACUAAAAUUUGUCUACGUUACGAGGUGGCGCUUUAAAGAUCCGCCCUUACGGUUACAAUAUCGGCCGAGAGUGGAUAUAUAAUUUUUUAUGUCAUUUAAUUCAUUUAUACAAGUUAAACAAAUUUUAUGAUAAUAGACAUAGUUUAAAAAAAACCCUAUACGUCCUUAUCAUUUUUUUGUGGUAACAAAGGGCAAAAAUGUAUUCAACACUCGAAAAUCUAUGAUGUCCAAUUGAGGAUGUUUCUUCAGAUAACAACAGAAGAAAAAGAUUUCUUACAAAGAUAAUCACUAUUGGAUGGGUUGCAUCAAUCAUCAAAGGAAAGGUUUUAUUAAAAAUGAAACAAUAGAGUGUUGUAAGAGAUUGGAAAUUAUGUAUGAUUUAUGAUGUAAAAUAAAUAACAGAAGAUACUUAUUAAA